AUAAUUUCUUUCAACAUGUUGAUUAUUUUUUUAUACGAAGAAACAGACAAUCUAAUACACUUACAUAAUAUCGAUUGAAGUUAGCGAGAGUGAUUCCUUGCAAAGGCUGCUCUCUAUCUCAUGCAAAGCGAGGUCCGGAGUUUCAAUAUGGACUACGGUAGAGACAAGACUGGAAGUGGCUGAAAACCCUGGUAUCUUUGCCUUGCGACUGAUCAUUCCUCUGCCAUGGGUAACUCAACCUCAACAGAGCAUCCACAGACAUCUUUUUAUGCCGACAACGACCAGAAUGCUUCGUUUCCAGGAGUCCGCUCCAACCCAUAUGAUUCCCCUCCAAGUGUCAAUGUAACGGAACCAAAUGGCUCAACCAGCCAUAGUCGAGACAUCAACUACAGCGACCCAUAUCUACAUAACCAAGCCCGAAGGCUCAAACAGGGAAUCGAUAGUGACCACAGCUCCCCUUUUGUGGGAUCACCUCUCUCUUUACCUGAUGAAGACCGAUUUCGUUCAGACUUUAAUUCGCGGCGGAAUACCGGCGGCCCAAACACGCCAACUACUACAGAUAAACUCUCUGAUAGACUUGAGAGUAUAGAUAUUGACCAGAAAGGAAGCAAAUCCUAUCCCAGACCAACAACAGGUGAUUCACGGCAACCUAUAGCUGGCUCUCAUCAUCGCAGUGAUUCUGUCAAAGGACCGUACUACAGAGCAAGAGGUCAUAGUGUUGGACGAGAAUACGAAUCUGGAGCUGAUGAAGACGAUAGUCGAAUCCGAAGAAGAGCUAGUAAUCUUGCCCUUGAAGUCUCCGAUAGAGCCAACACCGUACCAACCAUCAUCACAUGGACACAAGGUGGCAAUAAUGUAUACGUAACUGGAACGUUCAAUGGAUGGAAGCAGAAGAUUCAUUUGGUCAAAAGCUCGCAAGACUUUUCGGCAGUUUUAGAAUUGCCACCAGGAACACAUCGACUAAAGUUUAUUGUGGACGAUGAAUGGAAGUGUUCAAACGAUUUGGAGGCAGCCACGGAUCCGGAUGGAAAUUUGGUCAACUAUAUCGAAGUAGAUGAUGGUUUGGAUGAUGAAUUAGAUGAAUUUGGUGAGCGUCGCUCAAGCUUAGAAGAUUCAUCAAAUGCAUUUCCGCUUUCCUCGUCACCACCAGGAACAUACUCAUCAGAGAUUCCACAAUACCUUCAAACGAUCGCUCAGCAAAGCCCUGAAGCUGCUUCGAUGACAGCGCAACAGCAGCAAUUGACACAACCACCUUCUUUACCACCUCAUUUGGAAAAGGUCAUGCUCAACAGCCAAACAAUCAGUGAUGAAGACAACUCAGUUCUACCUGUGCCGAACCAUGUCACUUUGAACCAUCUAUAUGCGUGUUCUAUAAAAGAUGGUGUCAUGGCUCUGGCUGCUACCAGCAGAUACCGAAAAAAGGUGAGCGUUCAUGUUUUAAUAUGACUGAAUACGGUGUCGAGAUUACUCAUCGGGCCUGUUCCCCCUUUAUUUAUCAGUACGUUACAACCAUGUACUAUAAACCAGUUGUGACCUGAUCAGUGCCAGUACUAAAUGGCGCUUGACAUCUAAG